CUUCUUUUUCUUCUUCCUAAAUCCUCCAACAAUAAAAAAAAUGGAGACGAUGUCAAGAAGCCUAAGCAAGAGCUUAGGAGAGUUGUUAACAAGCAAUAGUAACCAUUUUUCAAGGAGAAGCGGUUCGAUUGAUGAUCAUGACGAGGAAGCUCUUAAAUGGGCUGCUCUUGAGAAACUUCCAACUUUCACUCGUCUUCGUACCACUAUCAUCCAACCUCAUGAACUUGUUGACGUCACCAAGCUAGGCGUUGGUGAUCGUCAGAAGUUCAUCGAUUCUGUCUUUAAAGUCACCGACGAAGAUAACGAGAAGUUCUUGAAAAAGUUUAGGAACCGAGUCGAUAGGGUGGGGAUAAAGCUACCGACCGUGGAGGUAAGAUUCGAGAAAAUGACUAUAGAGGCGGAUUGUCACAUUGGUAAAAGAGCUCUUCCAACGUUACCUAACGUUGCAUUAAACAUUGCCGAGAGAGGCCUUCGUUUAUUUGGUUUAAGCUUUGCUAAAACCACUAAGCUCACUAUUCUUAGAGAUGCUUCUGGUAUCAUCAAGCCUUCAAGAGUGACACUUUUAUUAGGUCCACCAUCAUCAGGGAAAACAACUCUUUUGUUAGCGUUAGCUGGAAAAUUGGACCCAAGCUUAAAGGUGGAAGGGAGGGUAACAUACAAUGGGCAUGGAUUAGAAGAGAUUGUGCCACAGAAAACGUCAGCAUACAUAAGCCAAAACGAUGUUCAUAUUGGAGUCAUGACUGUCCAAGAGACUCUUGAUUUUUCUGCUAGGUGCCAAGGCAUUGGCACUAGAUACGAUUUGUUAAGUGAGUUGGUGAGGAGAGAGAAGGACGCAGGGAUCUUACCCGAACCGGAAGUGGAUCUAUUCAUGAAGUCCAUCGCAGCUGGGGAUGCCAAGAGCAGUCUCAUCACGGACUACACUCUCAAAAUAUUAGGGCUUGACAUAUGCAAAGAUACGAUGGUCGGAGACGAAAUGACACGAGGAAUUUCAGGUGGUCAAAAGAAAAGAGUUACAACAGGAGAAAUGAUAGUGGGACCAACAAAGACAUUGUUCAUGGACGAGAUAUCGACAGGUCUAGAUAGUUCAACAACGUACCAAAUAGUGAAAUGUCUUCAAGAAGUUGUUCGGUUCACGGACGCAACGGUUUUAAUGUCUUUGUUACAACCAGCUCCUGAAACGUUUGAGCUCUUUGACGACAUCAUUCUGUUGUCGGAAGGCCAGAUCGUGUACCAAGGUCCACGUGACCAUGUUCUUUCCUUCUUUGAGACUUGCGGUUUCAAGUGUCCCGACCGCAAAGGCACCGCCGAUUUCUUGCAAGAGGUAACUUCAAGGAAAGACCAAGAACAGUACUGGGCAGACACGACAAAACCAUACAGAUACAUUCCUGUUUCCGAAUUCUCCAAACAGUCCAAAACCUUCCAUGUCGGAGCCAAUCUUGAAAACGAUCUAUCUGUCCCUUACGACAGAUUCAAAUCACAUCCAGCUUCUCUCGUAUUCAACAAACACUCUGUCCCCAAAUCUGACCUCUUCAAAAUCUGUUGGGAUAGAGAACUGCUUCUCAUAAAACGCAACGCUUUCUUCUACGUUUUCAAGACCGUUCAGAUCAUUAUAAUGGCCUUGAUCACGUCGACCGUGUACCUGAGGACGGGGAUGGGCACAAAGGACGAGAAUGAUGGAGCUGUCUACAUCGGUGCGUUGACAUUCUCCAUGAUCGCUAACAUGUUCAAUGGAUUCGCAGAGCUUUCUUUGAUGAUUCAAAGACUUCCCGUGUUCUACAAGCAACGUGACCUUUUGUUUCACCCUUCUUGGACCUUUACUCUCCCUGCUUUCCUCUUGAGCAUUCCUGUCACCAUCUUUGAAUCUGUUGUUUGGGUCAGCAUUACUUAUUACUUGAUCGGUUUUGCUCCAGAAUUCAUCAGGUUCUUGAAGCAUCUAUUGGUGAUAUUUCUUACACAACAAAUGGCUGGUAGUAUUUUUAGAUUCACUGCGGCAACAUGCAGGUCCAUGAUACUUGCUAAUACAGGAGGAUCUCUAGUUAUUCUACUCCUCUUCUUGCUUGGAGGGUUCAUUAUUCCCAGAGGUGAGAUUCCUAUAUGGUGGAAAUGGGCUUAUUGGGUUUCACCAAUGGCUUACACUUACGAUGCUUUAACUGUAAAUGAGAUGCUUGCUCCUAGAUGGAUGAAUCAACAGUCUUCUGAUAACUCCACGAAGCUAGGGUUGGCUGUUCUUGAGAUGUUCGAUGCAUUCACUGAUCCAAACUGGUACUGGAUUGGUGUAGGAGUCAUUCUUAGCUUUACGAUUCUCUUUAACAUCCUAGUCACACUCGCUCUUGCAUUCCUAAACCCACUUGAGAAGCCGCAAGCCAUCGUUUCUAAAGAGAAAACAGAGGAAAACAGAGCAGUGAGUGGCUCAGAAAGUGAAAGCAGUUACGUGAAAAGAGGAAUGGUUCUACCUUUUACUCCUUACACAAUGUCUUUUGACAAUGUCAACUACUACGUCGACAUGCCUAAGGAAAUGAAAGAAGAAGAAGAUGCCAAGGAUAAGCUUCAGCUUCUAAGGGAAGUGACAGGGGUGUUUAGACCAGGAGUAUUAACAGCUCUUAUGGGAGUAAGUGGAGCUGGUAAAACCACUUUAAUGGAUGUUUUAGCUGGUAGAAAAACCGGUGGAUACAUCGAAGGAGACAUUAGAAUCUCUGGUUUCCCCAAAAGACAAGAAACUUUUGCAAGAAUCUCUGGUUAUUGUGAACAGAACGAUAUCCAUUCACCGCAAGUCACUGUCAGAGAGUCUCUCAUCUACUCAGCUUUCCUUCGUCUCCCAAAAGAAAUCACCAAAGAUGAGAAAAUGAGAUUUGUGGACCAAGUGAUGGAGUUAGUAGAGCUGAAGAGUCUAAAAGACGCGAUAGUAGGGCUUCCAGGGCUCACAGGGCUAUCAACAGAGCAGAGGAAGAGACUUACCAUUGCAGUGGAGCUAGUGGCGAAUCCAUCUAUAAUCUUCAUGGAUGAGCCAACUUCAGGGCUUGAUGCUAGGGCUGCAGCAAUUGUGAUGAGGACGGUGAGGAACACAGUUGACACAGGAAGAACUGUUGUCUGCACAAUCCACCAACCUAGCAUUGAUAUCUUUGAAGCUUUUGAUGAGCUUCUGCUCAUGAAGAGAGGUGGACAAGUGAUUUACGCUGGUCCUUUAGGUCAAAACUCCCACAAGAUUAUUGAAUAUUUCCAGGCAAUUCCUGGAGUUGUUGAAAUUAAAGAGAAGUAUAAUCCAGCGACUUGGAUGCUAGAAGUGAGCUCAAUGGCUGCAGAAGCUAAGCUUGAGAUAGAUUUUGCUGAGCAUUACAAAACAUCAUCCUUAUAUGAACAAAACAAGAAGCUGGUAAAGGAACUAAGCACACCACCACAAGAAGCAAAAGAUCUAUACUUCUCUACACAGUUCUCGCAAUCAUUGUUAGGACAAUUUAAGUCUUGUCUGUGGAAACAGUGGAUAACUUACUGGAGAACUCCAGAUUACAAUCUAGCCAGAUUUUUCUUUACGUUGGUUGCAGCUCUCAUGGUCGGAUCAAUUUUCUGGAAAGUUGGCACAAAAAGGGACAAUGCGAAUGAUCUUACGAAGGUUAUUGGAGCGAUGUAUGCUGCGGUUUUAUUCGUGGGAGUAAAUAACUCCACAUCUGUCCAACCACUCGUAGCUGUGGAACGAACUGUGUUCUAUCGAGAAAGAGCUGCUAAAAUGUACUCUGCUUUACCCUAUGCCCUAGCUCAGGUGAUAUGUGAAGUACCGUAUGUACUGUUCCAAACUUCGUAUUAUACGUUAAUUGUAUACACAAUGUUGUGCUUUGAGUGGACAGUGGUCAAGUUCUUUUGGUUUUUCUUCGUAUCAUUCGUCUCAUUCCUCUACUUCACAUACUACGGGAUGAUGGCUGUGGCCAUCACCCCGAACCAGCAAGUCGCAGCUGUAUUCGCUGGAGCUUUCUACGGUCUUUUCAAUCUAUUUUCUGGUUUCCUCAUCCCUAGACCGAGAAUCCCGAAAUGGUGGGUAUGGUACUACUGGAUCUGUCCAGUAGCUUGGACUGUGUAUGGACUGAUUGUUUCACAGUAUGGUGAUGUAGAAGACACGAUUAAAGUUCCGGGUAUGAUGAAAGAUCCGACAAUAAAAUGGUACAUUCAGAAUCAUUAUGGGUACGACCCAAAUUUUAUGGGGUCAAUUGCUGCUGUGUUAGUGGGUUUCACAGUUUUUUUUGCUUUCAUGUUUGCUUUCGGCAUCAAAAUGUUAAACUUCCAACAGAGAUAGUAUUUGGAAGUCGAAUGGGGUUGAUUUUAUUUUAUGCAUCACAGAUUUUAUUUUUAUUUUUAGUUACGAUGGGAGAAAAAAAAAAGACAUAUGACAAAGACUCACUUCAUAUAAUUGUCUUUUUAGGUUUUAAAUUUUGUUUUAUAUGAAAUGUCAUCUUAUACAUUUAAUGUAUAUACUAGAUCUUUACCCGCACAACCGCGCGGAUGU